GGAGUGAAGUUGAAAACCCCAAAUCUCAGUUUUUCUUCUGCACUCAUUCUUUCAUUCUCAUUGCCGUCACAGAGAGAGACAAGAAACAAUGAAGUUUAACCCUAGGGUUUCCUCAAGCCGUCGCAAGAGCCGCAAGGCUCACUUCACCGCUCCGUCGAGCGUGCGCCGCGUCCUGAUGAGCGCGCCUCUCUCCACCGAUCUCCGGUCAAAGUACAACGUGCGGUCCAUUCCGGUUCGCAAGGACGACGAGGUUCAGGUCGUAAGGGGAACCUACAAGGGCCGCGAGGGCAAAGUGGUCCAGGUCUAUCGCCGCAAGUGGGUCAUCCACAUCGAGCGCAUCACCCGCGAGAAGGUUAACGGCUCCACCGUUAACGUUGGCAUUCACCCUUCCAAGGUUGUCGUCACCAAGCUCCGAAUGGACAAGGACCGCAAAUCCUUGCUCGAUCGGAAGGCCAAGGGUCGCGCCGCCGCCGACAAGGAAAAGGGUACCAAGUUCGCUCCUGAGGAUAUUAUGCAGACCGUCGAUUAGUUUCUCUCCUUUUUUUACCCUCGCUAUACUUUUUAUUUACCGCAUUUGUUGUCGCUAUUAUUUGGAACUUGGAUUCGGUUAUUUUUAGUGUUUCUUGUGUUUUUUUUAUUUAGUAGUUUGAGGGUCUUGUGGUUUGGAUCUUAAGGGUUCCGCUAUUGUGAGGCCUUUCUGUUUUGUUUAAUUUAAUCAAAUGUUUGACAUUAUUACUGUUAUUGUUUACUGCGUUUACUGUUUUUUUU